UAUUAUGGUAUAUCUAAUGUAAUUACAGCGUCUUCUUGUAUCAAACUGCUUUCUCUUUUCACAUCCCAAAGUGACGGAGAGAGAGAGAGAGAGAAACAGAUAGAAGGGCAAUAACCUUAAUAAAAAUAUACGUUUGUUCGUGCUGAAGUUGAUGAGAAAAUGGCUAAGAUUUUUGGUAUAUUUGCAUGCUUGUUGAUUGUGGCCUUAGACGCCAUUGCUGGGAUUCUUGGAAUCAAAGCAGAAGCAGCUCAAAAUCAGGAAAAGCACCUGAAGUUGUGGUUGUUCGAGUGCAAAGAGCCAAGCCAUGAUGCAUUUGUACUAGGUGUGGCUGCAGCAUGUCUUCUUGCAAUUGCUCAUGUUCUUGCCAACCUUCUUGGAGGCUGCAGUGUCUGUACCACUGAUGACAUCAAGAAAGCAUCCCCAAGCAGGAAAAUCUCUAUGGCUUGUCUCGUUUUUACAUGGAUCAUAAUGGCAAUAGGAAUGGGACUGCUGGUGAUUGGGACAAUGGCAAACAACAAGAAAAGAGCUUCUUGUGGAUUUUCACAUCAUCACUUUUUCUCAACUGGUGGAAUCUUGUGUUUCGUCCAUGCCAUCUUUUCAGUUGCAUAUUAUAGUACUGCUUCAAUGCUACUUGCCCCAUAGUCCAAUAUCAUCAACUUUUUUCACACGGCAAAAUCCACUUUUUUUCAGACUACAAGUUAUCUGCCUAGAUCGUUAUUUAUUUAUUUUUGUUUCUUGGGCCAGUAAUGUAAUGAGGAUGUUCUGGUAAGAGUAAAACUGUUUGGCUUAGCCUAUGAUUAUUCAUCAAAGCUUUAAAAGGGAGUGUUGUAGACAAUAUUAUCGGUAAUCAAUGUUCUUGAUGUGUUUUUGACUAAGUU